AUGAAGCCAGUCGCGAUUCUGGGCGGCGGCCUGGUGGGACCAGCAUUUGCAAUUUUCCUUCAUAAACAUGAUAUUCCAUCCGUAAUCUACGAAGGUCGAGAUGAAGGAUGGCAACAAGGGGGUCACAUUGCUCUUGCCCCGAAUGCGCUCCGCGUGGCAGACCACAUCGGUAUCUACAGCAAAUUUCGCUCGCAAGGCUAUAACUAUGAGGUCCUCACGCUCAUGAACAAUUCUGGGGAUGUUCUGGCCAGAAUUUUGAAUGGGUGUGAGAAAGAGUACAGCUUUUCGGCCCUCCGUGUGCCUCGCGCGAUUGUACGGAAGGCACUACUCGACGAGGUCAAGGUGCGAGGCAUUCCUAUCCAUUACAACAAAAGGUGCGUGGCAAUUCGAGAAGAGCUCGACGAUGUCACUAUCACUUUUGAGGGCGGCGAUACUGUCCCUGCCGAGUAUGUCGUGGGUGCCGAUGGGAUCAAUUCGAUCGUGCGACGGAGCGUGAACCCCGAUAGCGGUCCUAAAUAUAGCGGCUUGCUGGCCGUCAUAGGUACCGUGCAAAAGGAGAACCUCGGAAUUGUCGAGAUCGAUUUAGAGCUCCCGUGCAUGCUCUACGGUAAGGGUGGAUCGUUCACGAUUAUGCCCGCAAGUUACGACGGAGAGGAGAUUGGUUUUUUCGCUACUGUGGAGUACCCUGAUCAAUCAGUUCAGGAAUGGGCCCAGCUCGAAAAGAACAAAGAAAAGCUUAGGGGGAUUCUCGAUGAUUUAACCGAGGAGGGAAUCUGGCCCAGCUCGGUGAAAAAACUUAUCGCAGCCGUUUCCCCAGAGACGCUGGAGAUCUGGCCAUUUUCACAGAUACCCAAACUUGAUCACUACACGUCGGAGAAGGGAAAAGUGAUUUUCAUCGGCGACGCCGCUCAUGCAAUUCCUCCAUCAGCCGGUCAAGGAGCAGCAGUGGGAUUUGAAGAUGCAGAAACUCUAGCCUAUGCCUUCUCAAAGCUCCUUCAGCCCGGCGUCGAUCAUUCUCCAAAAUACUAUUUAGAGUUAUGGGAAGAACAUAGGAAGCAAAGAAUCGCUAAGAUAUUUGAGGUCACACGAGCGGCCGGGGAAUUGAGGAGAAAGAGCAAUCAUGCUCAGCAAAUCCUUCAACAGUGGCUUAUCUGGGCAAAGUAUAAACUCACAGGGAUGGGAGCAGGUCUCGAGUGGAUAUACCUGUACAACGCAGAAAGCGUGCUUAGAGAUAUAGCGAAGCAAUAG